UUCAUCAAUAAUGUAGCGCAGCGUACCUUUGAAAGCUCCUUUGAAACUGGCAGGUGAGCGUUGCUGUCCGGUUUGACGGUGGAGGUAGGCGUGUGCGCUGCGUGUCGAGAGAGAGCUAUUUUCUGCUUUUUUAUCCUUGUGAUAUGAGCGGUUGACAGGGACGCUGGGCAUUUGUUGUUGUUUUCGGUGAUCAUCACACCUGGGCACCCGCUACUCCGCAGGGAGACCCUCAGGAUAAAUGGAGCUGAUGGGAUCCACGCUAACGGCUACAUAUGCCCGUCCCAAAACCAGUCACUUCCUCCCUGCCAUCUCCACCAUGGCGUCCAGCUACCGCGGCCACCAACCGGCCCUGGCCAUGAGCCACAGUGCCAACCAGCCCUGGAGGACCAACACCUACUACAGGACAGGGAGUGCCAUCCCCAACUUCUCCUCCCUCCAGAGGGAUAACCUCGAACUGGUCCGGGCCAACACCACCUUAUACCCAUCCAACAGGUCUGCCUUGACCACUCGCUACACCCCAAACGACUGGUACAUGUCCAACCAGAGCAACUACAGGGAGUCGGAGUCUUCCAGAAACAGCGCGGAGAGACUGAGGAAGGACACCAUCAGGCUUAUGCAGGAUAAGGAGCAGCUGACCCGACGCACGCAGGAGACCACCAGCAGGAACAUCGGGGAGCGCCUCAACGACAUCGUCUUCUGGAGGUCGGAGUUGCACCACGAGAUCGACAACAUGGUGAGCGAGAUAGCGGCCCUCACCGAGGUGAAGAGGAGGCUGGAGAGAGCGCUGGCCGAGACGGAGGGACCGCUCCAGGUGUCUCAGGAGUGCUUAUACCACAGGGAGAAGAGGAUGUCCAUCGACCUGGUGCAUGACGGCGUGGAGAAAGAUCUCAUCAGGGAAGUAGAGGUCAUCAAGUCAUGCCAGGAGAGGAUGAGACGGCAUCUGGACAGAGCCGUCGCCCAGCUGGCGUCGAACCGAGCGUCCCAACACGAGCUGGAGAGAGACCUGAACGACAAGGUGACCGCCCAGAGGAUAGACGACAGGUGCCACCACCUUAGGAACACGUCGGAUGGGAUCGGCUACUACAGGGGGAUCGACAGACUGGACCCCUCGCUGUCCUUGCCCGACUCGUGGUCCAAGUUCACGGACGACAACCUUCUCCACUCCCAAAGCCAGCGUGUGGCCUCACACAAGCUCCGGGAUGAGAUUGAGGUUUUAAUGAACGCCACGUCCAGUGAGAUGUGGAACCAGUUCAACAAGGUCAACAUAGCCUUCACAGGCCGCAUGUCGGAGACAUCUGACGCCAAGAACAGCCUUCAGACCCAUCUGGCCAAGACCCUCCAGGAGAUCUUCCAGACGGAGAUGCUGAUUGAGUCCCUGAAGAAGGCGCUGAGAGACAAGGAGAACCCCCUGAGGGUGGCCCAGACCAGGCUGGAGGAGAGGACACGGAGGCCUAACGUGGAGCUCUGCAGAGACAACCCCCAUCACAGACUGAUCAGUGAGGUGAGGGAGAUCGAGGACACCAUCCACAAGCUGCGCGAGAGGCUGCAGGAGGCAGAGAACACCCUGCAGACGCUGGUCAAGACCAAGGCCACCCUGGAACAUGACCUGUCCGUCAAGGCCAACUCCCUCUUCCUGGACCAGGAGAAGUGCAUGAGCAUGCGCAAAACCUUCCCCAGCAUGCCACGCCUGGUGGGCUACACCUAGAUACAGCUCACCUAGAUAGGACCACAUAAGCACCUUGAUACAGCUCACUUAGACAGGACCACAUAACCACCUAGAUAUAACUCACCUAGACAGGACCACAUAACCACCUAGAUAUAACUCACCUAGACAGGACCACAUAACCACCUAGAUACAGCUCACCUAGACAGGACCACAUUACCACCUAGAUAUAACCCUCAUCUAGACAGGUCCACCAACUUUCCAGUGGCUUGAGGGACAAAACAAUGAUAUCACAACACUUGAAAUCAUGAAGAAGUUUGAAAGCUGUGACUGUUUGUCUGAGGAAGUGUUGCACUGGCAGCCUGGUUGGCAAAAUCAGGAAUAACAUUUAUUCAUACAACAGCCUGAGGUUUGGAAAUCAUGGCAGCUGAUAAGGAUUAGAUUACAAGCACAACAUAUCAUUACAAUGGGAGCCACCAUUACAUCAUUUGCUAAAUCAAAUAAAUAAAGUACUUGUUUGACGUGUAA